UCUCGUCUUCUUUAAACUUCAGCUGUAUUUCAGUCUGAGGAUCAGUCAGCAGCAAGACAACAUGGAGGUUACAGCUCUCUGCGUCAGACUGUUGACGCCUGUAGUCAUUCUGCUCAGUGCUCAUGUUCAGAACAACGAUGCAGCUUUCCGUAUCGUUCCAACCAGACUGCAGCUCUUUGAGUUUGAGCCUGUCUCUUUUCACUGUGAGGGUCUGGAUGGCUCCACUCAGCUGAGAGGGAUCAAAAAUACUGUGCAGUUCAUUUCUGCAUGCGACGAGCGGAUGCCGGUGCUAUUCUGCACUAUUAAAAGAGCCUAUCUCGCAGAUGGUGGAGAAUACUGGUGUGAGACUGAAGAAGGAGAGAGAAGCAACAGUGUCAACAUCUCUGUCACUGCUGGUUCAGUGAUCCUGGAGAGUCCUGUCCUCCCUGUGAGAGAAGGCAAGAAUGUCACUCUGCGCUGCAGGAACAAUACAACCUCCUCAAACCUGACAGCUGGUUUCUACAAAGAUGGCGUCCUCAUCAGGAGCAGCUCUACAGGAGAGAUGACCAUCCACAGUGUUUCCAAGUCUGAUGAAGGACUCUACAAGUGUCACAUCUCUGGAGCUGGAGGAUCACCAGAGAGCUGGAUGGCUGUCAGAGCUCAUCACAGAGACAUGUGUCCCUGUUCAGACCUCGUCAUACAUGUCGUCCUCGUCUUAAGGACGGUGUUCACCAUAGUGAUGGUGCCUCUGCUGCUGCUGCUGGUGGGACUGCUGCACUGUGGGAAACUCAGAGUUACAGUUGCACAAACAUAACUGAUACUCAUGUAUAAAGGUAACAUGUCAAGGUAAUGAAGCAGAGAACCUCCCAUCAUGCUUUGGGUCUGGAAAACCUGGCAGAACAGAAAACAAUCUUUAAAAAGUGAUCACUGAGAUUGUUUAACAUUGUAUUUCCAUCUGUUUUUACCACCUCUGUUUAAGAAGUCAUGUUUAACUGUGAGGUGUCAAACUCCUCUUCAUCACAUGUUGAUACCUGCAGCAGCUGUGAGACUUUCUCACACAGAACAAGGUUCAAAACCACAGACAGUCUUUUGAAGAGCUGAAAGGUUUCUCAGCAUAUGUAGUUCUGUGUUUUAUUUUAGACUUGGCAGAUGCUGCUGAUAAUUUCAGCUUCUUAGACACAAACCACACAAGAACAUGUAAAUAUGUGUGUAGAGGAGGUGGUUAUCUAUCUAUCUGUCUGUCUGUCUGUCUAUCUAUCUAAACAGGUGUAGUUUAGUUACACAUGUUUCACAUGUAAAAUCUGUCUCACAAGAAAAAAAAACAUUUUCCAGGUUAAAAAUGAUUUUAUAUAUUUCACCUGAGAUAUUAUCAGAUCCUUCAUACAGAUUAAACACGUGCUGGAUUUAGCACAACAAAAUAACACAAGAAAAGAAAUGUGUGUGUUGCUGAGUUGUUCGCAGACUGCUGCAGCUGCUUCUGCAGGAUUACAAAAAAAAUAAUAAUUUAAAGGGACACCAGACAAAGAGGCAAACUGCAGCCAAAGACUUGACUCUACAAAGACAAAUAAAAAAAUCACCUGUUUAUUUUUGGUAAACUCCAUUGAAGAAAGAAGUCAGUGAAUAG